AGCACUUAUGACUCGUCAUGAUUUGCUGAUUUUUGACGAUAAGCACUCUAAAUUUGACAAUCGUUACGAGAAUAGCCAAGAGGAUUAACGCUACACUGAAUGUAGCAAUACUCAGGGUGUUUGUAAUGGUUUCUGGGGUUGUAUGACUUCCUUUCCUAUUGGAGAAGAAGAAUGA